GUGAAACAUUUUACAGUCAAGCUUUUCAAAAAGCUUUUUCAUUAUUAAAGACAAAUUCAAGUUAUGUAAAUGAUGAUUUGAGAAAGAAAGUAAUCCUGUUUUUGACGGAUGGAAAACCAACUGAUAAAAUAAAUAUUACUCAAGUUCUUGAGUACGAAAAACGUUCUCUUAAAUCAGCUACUUCAAAAGAUGUUGUGAUCUUCGCUUACGGAAUCGGCUCACACGAUUUUUCUCUAUUACGAAAAAUUGCAGAGGACACUAAAGCGGAGGGAACAGAGGUAAAUAACAAGUGUAUUCUCUGAAAAUUUUAUAAACUUUAACUAUAUAUAAAGCACACCAACUAAUUAUUUCACUGCAGUUAUUUUUCUUUAAUCCACUUCUUGUUUCUAUUGGUAUUCAGAUCGAGGUUGCACCAAAAUAGAUGAGGUGACUCACAUUUUAACAACAAAUUGUAACUAAAGCUUACUUUCAUUAAAUUUUUACUGACAUAGUUUCGUUGAAUAUUCUGGAAGGUAAGACAAGCAGCUUCUUCCCCUCCCCUUCUGCCUUCGGUUCCUGAGCUCCUAGUUCUGCUAACAAUACCCAUCAGUACAUAUAUACAAUCUGUAGCUUCCCACAUUUGCAGAAGGACAGCACAUAGAUGGAAAAUCGGCUCAUGAAAUACGUUAUAUGCAUAGUCGUGUUUAAAUAUUAAUAUUAGUAAGAGUAGCUAAAUAAUUCUUUGAGUGACUUUUCUUACUCGAUCUCUUUUUAGGGUCGAUUCACAGAAAUCACAUACAGCGACUUGGACCAACUUCGACUCGUAUUUUCAUCUUUUUAUAAUUUCUUUGCAAAGACAACCAAGUACUCCUCUCAUCAUAUAUCUGCUCCAUAUUUUGAUGCUUCGGGUCUGGGUAGGAAAUAGUUACUGUUUGCUUUUAUUUAUAGAAUGGGCACUUUCUCAGCCUCGUACCCAGGCGCAAAUAACGUACUAAAAAACAGCAACACUACAGUUUUUCUAUAUAGAUCAGUGGCUGAGCGAGCGCGCGGGGGUGCUUGGGGAGGACUUGGGAAGCGAAGCAGCAGAAUCCCGUCGUGUCCUGACCUAGCACCCCCGCUCUCUUAGCCACUGAUCUAUAUAAAAACACUGUAGUGUUGCUAUUUUUAGUACGUUAUUUGCGCCUGGGUACGAGGCUGGCACUUUCUGGACUUGCUUGACUGCUCACAAAGCAAUAGCUCCCAUGAACUCAAGGCUGUCAAUGUGAUCCAAUUCUACCUAUCCUGGAAUAUUUGUCUCUUGUGCACUUAAAUUAAGCAAGUUCGUAAAGUGUAGCGAAUAGGGGUUGUAAAAAACUGAGCUGAUAUGGUGUUCUAAGGUAUCCAAUACGUAUAUCCAGAAUCCAGAUUAUAUAGGUAAAAGCUCAUAUAUAGUUUUUAUUCUCCAUUUAGGAGAAAUGGUGACAUUAUUUGUUCCCUGUUUCCAUCAAGAGCAAGUUAUCGGCGUUGCAGGCACAGACGUUGCAUUCUCAGAUCUCACGUUGGACGUAUCUUUGUUCGGAGGAGAAUAUUCGUAUGCAUUUCUUAUUGAUAGGAAAACUGGCAACGUGAUUAUUCAUCCAUAUAUGCCAAGAUUGCAAGAUGAAGAUGAUGAUCCUGUUAUACUUCAUAUAACCGCUCUGGAACCAGAAUCUGAGUUUAAAGAUUUCAUCUUGCAGUCAAUGAUGAGGUACUGUUGGUAUGGAAAGCCCCCCCCCCCCCUCCCCUCCCCUCCAAUGUUGGCCCUCGCAGCAAACUCUUUUUGCCCCUUCAGUAAAGGUCUCUUGUAGAAUAUAAGCAGAAGAGGGAAGACUGGCUCGGUCCUUAACCAGACCUUGUUUUUAUACUGAAAGCUCAGCCUGUAUAGGUUGAAAAUAUAAAGGUGUGUAAAAAUACUGGAAGUCAGAGGAUAUCAGAGGAUAUCAGGCCCCGCAGGCUCAAAAGGUUGUAGACCCCAACAAUCCCUGCCAGUUCGCACUUUUCCAAUUCAACACGACUUAGCUGAACUGCAGAAGCGGGGAGAGUAUCUAUAAACAUGCAUUUUUUGGGUUUGCUUGGGAAAUUGAUUCACUAAAAUAGUACAGUUCACUAAAGUAAUACCAAGGAGUUAUCAGCUCAGCGCAACACAACACGACACAACACAACACAACACAACACAACACAACACAACACAACACAACACAACACAACACAACACAACACAAAACUACUUCAAAUAAAAUGUCAGUUUUAGUCUGUCAACAUUUACAGACCAACAAAACGUGAAUAUUAACAGGCUAUGGCAAUACGCCACUCUUCUCUGCAGAGGCUGCCUGAAAAGGGGGACUUAUUAGAGAGACCACGUUACGCAUUCUAUAAGUGAUUCUAUAUCUAUUAUUUCUAGCACUCAAUACCCGUAAGGCCUUUUCGCAUGGCGUUGCAUGGAAAGGCUAAUUACCUUUCCUUUUACUCAAUCAAAGACGUACUGACGUUCAUAAGCCGUUGUUGCUAGAAAAUAUUUGGCUUUUCUAAUCAAAGUGUUUUUCCACAAAAUAAUUCUACAUAUUCACUUCAGUCUGUCACUAAUUAUUAUAUUCGCUGUAAUACAUAGGGGUGAUGAAGGUAGCAGAAAUUUAGUAAGCAAAAGAUACUUAACAACUGGCAGCGGAUCAAACUCUGGUGUAGAAGAACUAGAGGUCAACUCUACAUAUUACUGGAAACCAAUACAAGACACAAGUUUAUCUCUAUGCAUCGUUCUUGCUCAAAAUGAAACUAAAAGUAGACUGGAAAUUGUAUCAGGUAAGAAUUUGAUUUAUGUUCUGCAUAUAUGUUCUCCAUCAGGGCAUUUUUCAAGAGUUUUUGCAGGGUCCGUUUAUGCAUAGACCAUGCAUUGAGUUUGCCUAUAAAAUAGCAAGGGUGUGCAUGAUCAUGAGGGCAUCUGUUAUCCGCCCGGCCUCCAGAUUCACAAUUGUAGCUUCCCCAUGCCUUUGAUUUAAAUGAACCAGACUGUGUACAUGCAUGUUCACGUUUUUGUUCAUGGUUUUUCUAUUUUGAAGCGAAUUUCAUUGUGAGUGGGGCUUUUUCGUACUUUGUGACUUGCCCAGGGGAAAAAUUAAUUCCACGUCACAUUAAUUCAACCUAAAAACUUCAAAUAUUAUUGCACUCAAAUUUUGAUUCUUUGGUGACUUGAUUCAGUUUCAAAACGCAAAUCAACAUUAAGUUUUUGGGUCCGUUUAACGGCCACAAAAAGUGCUGAAAAUAUCCCUGGUCCAUAUAUUUGGUUUCUAUUAAUUUCUUUUAAUUCAUUUUCUUUUCUUCUUUCCAUUAUGUUGCCCUUUAUUUCAUUUCCUCUUUCACGUUUAUAUAUUAUUAUUAUUAUUAUUAUUAUUAUUAUUAUUAUUAUUAUUAUUAUUAUUAUUAUUAUAAUGUACUGCGUUAGGAAAAUGAUGACUAUUGCUAUUAGAACUACAUAUUACAUUUUUUGCUGCCGAAAUAGGGAAUGGGAAAAUGCGGAUUUACUAACAAUUUGACUUAUCUCAUUGUAUAUAUAUAUAUUGCAUGCACUUUGUUCUGUUAUUUCAGUUUAGUAUAAUUGUGAUUCAAAUAGCCAACCGUAAGUUACCUUUAUGAGAGAGAUUUACGAUUGUAUAUGUAUGUAAAGAAAAACAUUUAAUAAAGUUUCCAUUAUUAUUAUUAUUAUUAUUAUUAUUAUUAUUACAACGUUAAUCGGAAAAAAGCCAAAUAUAAAGAACUAGUAAAACAACUAGACGAAAAUUUUAACGAAGUAAACUUUAUAAAUCUUUCUAUGAGCUCCCUAGGUAUUUUUGCGCAAGAAUGCUCUACAUUCUUAGAAAUAUUAGGAAAUGUUGGUCUGGACAAAAACUACCAAACGUACUGUGUUAGGAAAAUGAUGACUAUUGCCAUUCGAAGUACAUACUAUAUUUUUUGCUGCCGAAAUAAGGAAUGGGAAAGUCCGGACUUGUUAACUAUUUGAAAUAUCUGAUUGUCUUGUAUAUUUAUAUAUUUUCAUGUAUUCUGUCUUAUCAUUUUUAUUAGUUCAUAUAGUUGUGAUUCAAAUAGCCAAUUGUAAGUUACCUUAAAUUAGUGAGAUUUACAAUUGUAUAUAUAGUAAAUAACAAAAUUAUUAAAGUUUCCACUAUUAUUAUUAUUAUUAUUAUUAUUGGUGGUGGUGGUGGUGGUGGUGGUGGUGGUGGUGGUGGUGGUGGUGGUGGUGGUGGUGGUGAUGGAUGGUGA